UACAAUCAAGACUGCGCUCGCGGACGUCGCCUGCCCGCGUCACAAUCCUUCUAUUUGCAAAGUUCCCUCUGCAUUGGCUUAAUCGAGACAGAAAUGCUUCGGUCCGCUGCAACAAAGCUCCGGCCUGCCGAGGGGCUCCUCCGCCCAGCUAUCCCACUUCCACAUGCCAGAUCUAGCUGCACACCUAUGCUAUUAAUCCGCUCGCAACGACCCUUGACGGCAACUUGCAGACCGACUUCAAUAUCAUCAGCCGCUGUCCUCCGCUGUUCCGCAAAUCCCUCCAUCUUCUGUGCUACCUCGCGAACCUUCGUAACCAGCUCCAGAAUGGCCUCGUCCACAAGAGCCGAAUCGGACGCCUUUGGGGUGGUCCAGGUGCCCUCCGACAAGUACUGGGGCGCGCAAACGGAGCGGUCGCUGGAGAACUUCAAGAUCAACCAGCCCCAGGACCGCAUGCCUCCACCGAUUGUUCGGGCCUUUGGAAUCCUCAAGGGCGCGGCCGCGACGGUGAAUAUGAAGUUCGGACUGGACCCCACCAUAGGCAAGGCAAUCCAACAAGCUGCUGAGGAGGUCGCUUCUCUCAAGCUUGUCGACCACUUCCCGCUCGUCGUCUGGCAGACCGGCUCCGGCACGCAAUCGAACAUGAACGCCAACGAAGUCAUUUCGAACCGCGCCAUUGAGAUACUAGGUGGCCAGAUGGGUUCCAAGAAACCUGUACAUCCAAACGACCACGUCAACAUGUCUGCAUCUUCCAACGAUACCUUCCCUACCGUUAUGCACAUUGCAGCCGUUCUUGAACUCGAGGAGCAGCUUAUUCCCGCUCUCAAGAGCCUGCGCGAUGCACUCCACAAGAAGAGCCAGCAAUUCGAACAUAUUAUUAAGAUCGGACGCACACAUCUGCAAGACGCGACGCCGUUGACUUUGGGCCAGGAGUUUUCUGGAUAUGUCACACAGUUGGAAUAUGGCGUUGAGAGAGUCCAGACGGCGCUCCCACGUCUAAAGAUGCUUGCGCAAGGAGGUACCGCUGUUGGCACUGGUCUCAACACCUUCAAGGGAUUCGAUGAGGCGAUUGCAACCGAAGUCAGCAAAAUGACGGGACAUGACUUUGUGACGGCACCAAACAAGUUCGAGGCGCUAGCUGCUCACGACGCUAUUGUGGAAGCGUCCGGACAGCUGAAUACCCUCGCUGUGUCCCUGUUUAAGAUCGCUCAAGACAUUCGAUUCCUCGGGUCUGGGCCUCGAUGUGGUCUUGGAGAGCUGAAACUGCCAGAGAAUGAACCCGGCUCAUCCAUCAUGCCCGGAAAGGUCAACCCAACCCAGUGCGAGUCCAUGACUAUGCUAUGUACGCAAGUGUUUGGCAAUCACGCAGCCGUUACGUUUGCUGGAUCCCAAGGAAAUUUCGAGCUCAACGUCUUCAAGCCAGUGAUGAUCAGGAAUCUGCUGCACAGCGCAAGACUUUUAGCAGACGGUAUGCAGAGCUUUGAGAAGAACCUAGUCGCGGACAUGGAGGCCGACGAGAAAAGGAUCGGAGCUCUGCUACAUGAGAGUCUCAUGCUAGUCACUUGCCUCAACCCCAUCAUCGGCUACGAUAUGGCUUCGAAGGUUGCCAAGAAUGCCCACAAGAAGGGCACGACGCUGAAAGAAAGCGCGAUGGAGCUAAAGGCGCUUAGCUCGGAGGACUUCGAUAAGUACGUGCGGCCAGAGUUAAUGAUUGCACCGAAAGAGAAGAAGUGAAUGGGAAACAUGU